AUGCCUCCCAAUCAGCCAUUUCAAGUUGCAAAUUUGCAGAUUGCUGAGCCCACAGAAGGACACAAUGGAUACACCAAGUUCAACCCUCGCACCGAGACGCUCCCAAAGGGAUGGAAUGGAUUCAACUCCAGGCCUCUAUCGGAAGACAUGAUUGUGCAGCAUGACCAUGGCAUCAAGGUCCGCGAUGGCUGCGUGCUGUACUGUGAUAUAUAUCGACCAGCCAACUCGGCGGAAAAAGUCCCUGGCAUCGUCUGCUGGAGCCCCUUUGGGAAAAAACACAAUGGUAUUGGCAUGAUGAAGCGCCUUCCGUGGAAUUGCGGCAUCGCUCAAGGGGAUCUCAGCGGCCUAGAGAGAUUCGAAGGCCCUGACCCUGCCGAGUAUUGCCCUCGUGGAUUCGCCAUCGUCAAUGUAGAUGCAAGAGGGGCGGGUGACUCGGACGGUAGCAUUGUGAUUAUGGGAACGCAGGAAGGAGAGGACGGCCACGACGUAAUUGAAGCUCUUGCCAGCCAAGAUUGGUGCAAUGGAAACAUUGGACUAGCUGGCAAUUCGCACUUGGGGAUCGUGCAAUGGUUCAUCGCAGCGACUCGGCCGCCUUCUUUGAAGGCCAUCGCUCCCUGGGAGGCUUGUGGCGACCUGUAUCGAGAGCAAUUUGUGCGAGGAGGUGCUUGGGACAACGGACUCUUUGACCUCAUAACACGUCAGGUCAUCCGGGGUCGCCAUGGUCUAGAAGACUUUCGCGAGAUGUAUCGUCGUUGCCAGACCAUGAAUCCCUACUGGAAGGACAAACGAGCCAACAUUAAGAACAUCAACAUCCCCACCUAUGUCGUGGCCUCGUACUCGACAUUUGUUCACACCAUGGGCUCUGUUCGCGGCUGGCUCGAUGUCCAAACAGAUGAAAAAUGGUUGCGGUGGGACCCGUAUCAAGAAUGGUACGACCUUUGGUGUGUGGACGAGUCCAAAGAAGAGCUUGCGCAAUUUUUUGGUUAUUACCUCAAAGGUCUCAAGGAUAAUGGAUGGGACAAAACCCCAAAGGUCCGGAUGAGUAGUCUCAAAUUUGGCGAUGCAGAACCAAUAUACCCCAUCAUUGAGGAAGAUUUCCCCAUACCCCGGACACAAUACAAGCAACUAUUCUUCUCGGAUGACGGCAUACUGGAGUCCGAGGCUCCAGAGACAGAGAGCUUUGUUACAUAUGACAAUGAGAAGACGGACCCGAUUGAUAUAGUGCGCUUCAAGCAUACAUUUACCAGCAAGACUCGUCUGAUGGGUCUUCCGAAGGCAGUUGUCUACAUGUCCUGCGACGACCUGGACGACAUGGUUGUUUAUGUUCUCAUACGAAAAUUGGACGCCCAAGGCAACGAAAUGUUGAAUCUCAACAUUCCAUGGAAGGCUGCCCCCCAUAAGAAAUUUGAUGACAUCCCAACGAAUGAGCUUAGCAACUUGCUAUUAUACUUUGGUCCACUUGGCGUGCUCCGGGCGAGCCAUCGUGAGAUAGAUUCUGAACAAUCUAUUCACCCCCAGUAUCCAUUCCACACGCACUCUAAUGUUCAGAAAGUCACACCAGGACAGAUUGUUGAGUUGGAAAUUGGUCUCUGGUCAAUGGGAAUUGACUUUGACGAAGGCGAAAGCCUCUCAGUUCAGGUUUCAGGACAAUCUCCGCUGAUCCCGGAAUACAAGGAGGCUAAAGGUGCGCCCAUUGAAGAGCGGAAUAGAGGAAUUCACAAAGUUCAUAUUGGAGGAUCUCAUGCAAGUAGCGUUAUCUUGCCAUUUGUUUAA